AUGGCUUCUGCAGCUCCAGACAUCACAUCCACUUUCAAGGCAGGAGGUCACAUGUCAGAGCAGAGGAGAAAUAAGGAGCCCCCUGUGCUCAACAGAAUUGCAAGCAAGCAGUUAACCUCUGUAGGUAAAAAAGCAUUUAAAGAAGCAGUCAAGCCAGAUACUCAGAGCAGGACCAUGCCCUGCAGGGAGCUGCUGCACUUCCUCCAGAGGAACAUCGUCGUUGCUGUUGUUGCAGUGGCGGGAAUCCUAGUGACCACAGUGGUGUUGCUGCUCAUGGUGACCAUGUACACCAGGAAGAAACAGGCGUUGUGUCCUCCGGCAAACAUGACAUAUAACAUUUUUAUAAUGAAUGGGCAAGGCUGGUGGAACAAGUCUCAAGAAAAGAACUCCAAAAAAUACUUAGGAAAGCAGAAACAGCUGAGCUGCUAUUAGGCGAGGGUGGGCCAGCCCCCUGGACUCGGGGCCGAGGCGACAGGCCUCCACGCACACCUGGAGAGGC